GUAACCAACCAUCUGUGGGUGAAAGUAACAGAGACCCAGAAAAAGAGAACACUCAGUCUUUUAAACCUCAAAGACAAGCAGGAAGUGGUGUGGCAUAUGCUGAACCAAAAGAGUAUGAAUCUGUAACAAUUAUGCCAGACAAAGAAGUGGCUGAACCCCAGACAUAUCAUCGACGAGAGGUUUUGAGUAAUUGGUCUCGAUAUGAAGAAAUACCAACCGAUGAACCAGAAGAAGGAGAAGACUACCUUAUGGGUGAAGAUUUCUCUCUAAUCUUGGAACAGCAAGCCAAUUCUGGAGGUGGACACCUACGAUUAAAGGGAGAGUCCAGCUGGGAUGAGACAGAGACUAACAUCCUCACCUCACAUGGCCUGGGAGCACUCAGAGUUGCAGACCUCGUUGCUUCCAUCAACACUAUCCCACUUUAUACACAGCUUAACAUACCAGAAGAGUCACUCCCAGAAUCUGUUAUGGAAUUUUACAUGCAGCUUGCUGAAGACAAUAGAAAGCUUUAUCAGCCUAGCAGUAAUUACAGUGAAUGUAAUGAUGUUAAUGAGAAGAUCCUUCAAAGUUUAAUCAUAAGUGAAAGUGAGCCAUUGGAUCUGGCCAGUGAGAUGCCUGAAAGUAGCCAGUGCACAAAGAAUGCUGUUGAUGUUGCCUUAUCCCUUACUAGUGCUUUUGCCCCAGAGCCUGAGGAUGUUGACCUUGACACUCUUUUACAUGUUCCUAGUGUAGAAAAUCCAAGUCCUGUUCAUCAGCCUAAUACGGAAAGGAUGCCCAGUCCAGAAAAGAAGCCUACCCCAGAAAGGCAACCUAGUCCUAAAAAACAGCCUAGUCCAGAAAAGGAACCCAGUCCUGAAAAACAGCCUUUUGCAAAGAAACAACCAAAUCUUGUUAUUAAUAUGGAGCCCUCACUGGCAAAACAGCCCACCCCUGUUAAGGAAGUACCAUGUGAUUCUAACAAAGUUGCAGAUGCCAAAGAAGUUAAACAACCUGGUAAAGCUCGUAAACAGAAAUCAAAUAUGCAACGAGAAAAAUCCAAAGAAAAAAGCCCAACAAGUUUUGAUUUUGGUCUUUCAAAGAAAGCCACUAAUGAUAUUAAGCCAUCAGUUGGAUUCAACUUUGGUGUAGCUAAGACUGAUACAUUUAAAAAUAAAAAGUCCAAUAAGGCAAAUAAUAAAGUGUCAGAUGCUGUAGAGCUUUUAAAUUCUCUGCCAUCACCAGAAAACACUGAGGAGGUACAGGAGGGUCCUACUAUAGACCUAGAUGCACCAGCUGAGCAAAGUAAACCUGUGUUGCUAAUUAGUAAAACUGAAGCAGAAGAUCUUGAAGAUUGGCUUGAUUCUGUACUGGAUGAUUAAUGUAUUUAUCUUAGGCAAGUGUUAUAUAGUGGAACAAGUAAAUGCAUGCUGUAAUAUACCAUAUAAUGGCUACAAGCCCUGGCUAAAUGCAUCACCACAUGUGGGGUACAAAACAUUGCUUGAGUUAACAGAAUUUACUAUAUCUCCAUGAAAACUUAGUUUUAUUGUAUUACUAUGAUUAAUGAUAACAUUUUGUAUUUGGUCAAUCUUUUUAAGAGCUUGUGACAGUAACUGCACAACAUCAAGGAUGCAUAAUAAAAUCAAUGUUUAGAUUUUUAGUUGUAUCCUCUGUGAUAGGAAUUUCACCAAAUAUUCAUUUAUAAAUUGUUCAUGCUACUCUAAUAUUCUAAUUCUUUCUGUAUUAAAGAAAUUUCUUAAUUCAUUAUAACUGAAAGUCAGUCAGCAGCACUUAUUUGAUUCCAUUUUUUUAAGUUUUCUUUAUUCAGUGAUUUUGAUUAAAAACAUUGCUUUAAGAUGGUAAUUUGAUAAAGUGUUUGGCUACAAGUGUACUGUGAAAUACUGUACUGUAAUAUUCCUUCAUUUUACUCUUUUUAUUCAAGGCUGUAGAAUAUCCAUAUUAUUUAUGGUACCCACAACUGCAUUCUGUUGAAGAUUUAUAAAUAGCCUCAUCAUUAAGACAAACAUAGCUUUUGCUUUCAAAAAUUUAUGUGAGGUAGCUUUCAUGCCUAUUAAAGAAAAAUGCACAGUACAGUAUAUGCUUUUUUUUUUAAUCAAAUAUGUUUCAUUUAAUACUGCUUGUUGAUAAAAAUGUUACUCAUUUUCAGUAAUUAUAUUACCAAAAAUUAAUUGCUGUAUACACCCUUGUGUGUGAUAUUCAUGAUAGUAUAUAACUAUCAUUAUAAUUCUAGUAAAAUAAUAAUUAUUAAAUAUCAGAUGAUUUCUAUUAAAUUAUGUAUUCAAUUAUCCAUUAUUUUUUUCAUCCUUGAAGUAUAAAUUAUUUUGUGAAGAAUCUCUAAUGUAUAUUGUUAAUCAAGUCAUAUCUAACAUAUUAAUAUUUAUACCAACACUGAUUAACAAAGAAGUCUCAUUCAUUUACAUCAUUGCUUAUUCUGUAUGAGAAAAUAAAAAAAAAUUGUCAUUGUAUUUAAGAUUUUUAUAUUUUGUCAGCCACUGCAUUGGAUAUUUUAAGCCAAAUAGUAAAAUACUCAAGAAUUAUACCUAGUUAAAAUAUACACCAUAGUAAAUUAAUUGUUCUGAUAAUUUUCACUGCAGCAUGGUUUAUCCACAUUAUUGUGAUAUGCAGUUUGAUAUGGUUGAACAUUGUAGCACUGUACGUGAUUUUUUCCUAAUAAAAGAGCUUAAAUACA